AUGCUUGAGUCUCUAUUGGCCUUUUUCAGGAGAGUUGGAGAGUACUUUUGCAGAGUUGGGUGAUAGCAACUCUAAACUGGCAACUCUCAAAGCACAAAGGGAUACAGCGCAAAGUGCAUUCUUCCCUGUCUUAAAUGUGGGUGGUAGACAGGUUGCUGGAGAUAAGGCCCGAGAUAGGCAGCGAGAUAUGCAAGAUAUGGAGUCUACACUCAAGGAGUUGUCGGAAUUGGCUUCACGUCGAUUGGUAGAACUCAAGGAUCUUCACAAAGAAAGGAUAGAAAUUCUGAAGCAGUUGUGUCAUUUGCAGAACAGUUUGAAGGAUGUGAAGCAAAUCUGCUCUUCCAAUGCUUUUCUGUUUGGAAGAGAUCAGCUUGAAAGAUCAAAAGCAGAAGUGAUCCGGUAUCAGUCCUUAUUUGAGAAACUACAGGUCGAGAAAGAUAAUUUCACGUGGCGGGAAAAGGAAGUGAACAUUAAAAUUGAUUUAGCUGAUGUUUUUCGAAGGGCCUCUGCAAGCGCUGAUUCUAGGAUGGGUGAACUAGAGAAGGAGAUACAGAAACGAGUUGAUGAAAGAAAUAUUUUUGGGGCUAGGCUGAAAGGCGUUUCAAGAGAACCUGGUAGGAAAGAAAUCAUUGCAGAAUUUAAAGCCUUGGUUUCUUCACUUCCCAAGGACAUGGGUAUUAUGCAAAGCCAACUGAACAAGUACAAAGAGGCUGCUUCGGAGGUUCAUUCUAUUCGAGCUGAAGUUCAGUCUUUGUCCAAUUUUCUUGAUAGGAAGGUAAAUGAGUUGGAAAGUUUGUCUUGUCAAUCUGCUGACCAAUAUGCUGAGAUUCAGAAAUUACAGGCUGUG